AUGGCCUUCAGCAACGGGGAGCGCGCCAAGCAGCUGCGCCGCUUCUCCAUCACCACGCUGAGGAACUUCGGGGUGGGGAAACGCGGCAUCGAGGAGCGGAUCCUGGAGGAGGCGCACUUCCUGCUGGAGGCCCUGCGGGGCACGAAAGGUCUGCCCUUUGACCCCACCUACUUCCUGAGCCGCUCCGUGUCCAACGUCAUCAGCUCGGUGGUGUUCGGGGACCGGUUCGACUACGAGGACAAGGAGUUCCUCUCCCUGCUCUACAUGAUCACCGAGAGCUUCCGCUUCACCGCCACCGCCUGGGGGCAGCUCUACGAGAUGUUCUCGGGCACCAUGUGCUACCUGCCUGGCCCCCAGCGCGAGGCCUUCAAGCAGCUGGCCGGGCUGGAGCAGUUCAUCCAGAGGAAGGUGAAGGCGAACCUGGAGAGCCUGGACCCCAGCGCCCCGCGGGAUUUCAUCGACUGCUUCCUGGUCAAAAUGCAGCAGGAGCAGGAAAACCCGGCCUCCGAGUUCUCCCUCAAGAACAUCGUGCUGACCACGCUCUCGGUCUUCUUCGCCGGCACGGAGACGGUCAGCACCACGCUGCGCUACGGCCUCCUCAUCCUGCUCAAGCACCCCGAGAUCGAAGAAAAGAUCCACGAGGAAAUCGACCGGGUGAUCGGGCGCAACCGCGCCCCCAGCAUGGAGGACCGGAGCCACAUGCCCUACACCGACGCCGUCAUCCACGAGUUCCAGAGGUUCUGCGACGUCAUCCCCAUGGGGCUGGCCCGCCGGGUGACCCGGGACACCCCCUUCCGGGGGUACAUCAUUCCCAAGGGCACCGAGGUGUACCCGGUGCUGGGCUCCGUGCUGCACGACCCCUCGCAGUUCAGCGCCCCCGAG